GUUGUUCCGGGUGGAUCCCUGACAGCCGACAACUUUUGCGCCGCUUGUUAAAAACGUCAAAUUGUUAAAGUCAACUUUAAAGUACAAAUUGGUGUUAGGCUUACAUAUUUGUUUAAGAGCGAUAUAUACGCGCUCGACGGAGUCUUAAAUGAUUUGGGAGCUGUGUUUAUAAGGAGGUUAAUAAGGAUCAUUAAAGCCUCAUCAUGAGUUAUAUGGGGGACGACAGUGAUAUUGAAGUGGAAGGGUUGAUGGACCGGCCGCCCAGCAGUUAUGGGUCCAUGAUCAGCGAUGAGCAAGAAGAUUCUGAUGACUGUGAUGAUACUCAAAGACCAGCGUUCAUAGUCAACCAGGGACCUUCGGGGGUAACGCUGCAUCGCCCAGACUCACCGGAGACAGCGAUUACUGAGCGUACAAACACACAUCAGUCCAGCAUUCACAUAGAGGGAGCGUUUUUGAGCCAUGUGAACAGCAGACAUGAAACAUAUCCAACCCAACACAGGUUCGGCGUGGACCGAGAGUCCACGACAACGCAGCAGCUCGAGGUACAGAGCGACAUUCGGACCGAGAGAAACCAAGAAGACGUGCAGAGUGUGAGGCAGACGGAGUUCAGUGAGACACACGUGGAGGAGGAGCCGAUCGAAAGAAGUGCGAUGGAGGUGCAGGAGGAGACGACUGAGACAGAGACGAGGGAUGAUUAUGAUGAAAUUGUUUUAGAUUUGGGCUACACAGAGCAGAUGGACCCUUUGCCGCCUCCACCUGAGGGCACUGGUCUUAUGUUUAAACAUAAGCAUCCCUCGCUUACUCUUAGGCAUGUUUUAAUGGCCAUAGUGAUGAGUCUCAGACAGUUGAGGCCAGCAGAACUGGCCUAUUUUAAGCGUAAUCUGUGCAGCCAUUACAGAUUCGAGCAUGACUACUCAACCAUCGCUGAUAUAACCGAUGCGCUGGAUCUGGCCGAUAAAAUGAUCGAGCUCUGUGGGCUGGGAGAGGCUCUGUAUCUCGCCAUACGAUCGCUUCAGGGCAUCAAAAAAGACAAUCUUGCUGAAAUGCUGAGGAAGACCUGUAGGAGAGCCUUGUUGCAGCACGAGUUGAAAUUGACCCACGACAGGCGAUAUUACGCUCUGUACGAAGGCUGUUGCCGGCCGGGUCAGCAGCGAUUCAUUGGCGACGUCUACGUCGAACCGCUGACCGUUAUCAGAGGAAGCGGGGACCCAGUAAACACUGAACAUGAGGUCCGCAGGGUACGUGUCACAGCCCAGGAGACGGUAAUCAGAACCGCCGACAUCUUUCGCCCCCUUCCCAAUGACCCCACGGACAUUCGUACGGUCAUGAUGACCGGUGUUCCUGCUUCUGGACUGACAGUGGUUGUGAAUAAGUUUAUCAUCGAUUGGAAGGAGGGAACAAGCAAUCAGGAUUUUCAGUUUGUGUUCCCACUGGCAGGAAAGGAGUUACAUCUUGGAAAAGACGGAGAUCAGAGCUUCCUUCAGAUGCUGCAGACAUUUUUCGUUGAGGCCGACAACGUCCGACUCCUAGAGAAAGAAGACUGUUUGACUCUCUUUAUCAUUGACGCUCUAGAUCUUUGUCAGUAUCCACUUAACUUCCAAUCCAACGUCACCGUUACGAGCGUGACGACCAAAGCACCAGUGGACGCUCUGCUGACUAGCCUGAUUAAAGGGACGAUGCUUCCUCACGCUCGAGUUUGGAUCACCAGCCACAGGUCGGCCUCUCACAAAAUUCCCUCGCAGUUUAUCAGCAGGUUUGUGGAGUUGAGAGGUUUCACAGAUGAGCAGAAAGAAAUAUACUUCACCAAGAGAACCAAAGAACCGCAGCUCGGUAUAAACAUUUUAAACCACAUGAAGCGUUCCAGGACCCUCCAUAUCAUGUGUCACCUCCCUAUCUUCAGUUGGAUGGUGGCGUACCUCUUCGAACGAUCUUUCCGCAAACCUGAUUUUGGCACGCACGCGCCUGGUAUCACGACGUUCUAUUCACAGUUUGUCAUCGUCCAGAUGAACCGGUCGAACGAGAGGUAUCGUGGAGCGAGCCUGGAAAUGCAAAGGUGGAAGGAUGAAGACAAGGAUUUUGUGGAGAAGAUGGCGAAGUUGGCCUUUCGGAUGCUAAUGGACGAUCGGGAUGAGUUUACCGUGGAUGAUUUGUUCUCAUUGGAGCUAAAAUAUGAGGAUUUGCGCGUUCGGGAUGAAAUGUUUACUGAGGUCAGGCGAACAAGUGCAGACCAGAAGACGUGGGUCUUCAAGUUCGUGCAUUUCACCGUCCAGGAGUACAUGGCAGCGAUGUACGCGUACGUGACAUUCAGGAAAAGCGGGAAAAAUGUGUUAGAGUCAAACAAAAGCCGGUUACCGAAGAUGCAAUUAAGCAAGGAUCGCCCGAUGAUAGAACUGUACCGUCCCGUGAUCGAUCGUGCGCUGGCCAGUCCGAAUGGUCAACUAGACUUGUUUCUGCGCUUCCUGGUCGGAUUGGUGACGCCCGGAACCGAGGAACACCUGCGUGGAUACCUGCUCCAGCACAGCCAUCCAAAACCCAAAGGAGCGGAGGAAGUUGAUAAAUACAUCAAUAAAAAGAUCAAAGAAAACAUCAAUCCCGAGAGGUGCAGGAACCUGGAAUUGUGUCUGGUGGAACUGGAGGAAGGCAAAAAAGAUAAAUGAGAAGACAACAGGGGAAAAGUGUUAAAGAUGCACGUGACACUUGCUUAUUCUGGAGCCACAUAACAACUUUGUGUAAAACACAAAACAAAAUCUUAAGACAGUGGUUCUCAAACUGGGGGCCGCGAGAUGGUGCCAGGGGGGCCCCAGUUUUAUGACAUUUCAUAAAAUACAUUAAUUUAUCAUGAAUUCUGUGUAAUUAAACCUAAAAAAAAAAAAUAAGGCUACUAACCAACAGCACUACUUUGUAUACUUUAAUAUGUUUUGUCUUAUUAAAAUGUUACGUUUUAGAACAAAUGUGUUAUAAAAAAAAAAAUUGGGGGGCCGCGAAGGAAUGCACCAUAUACAAGGGGGGCCGCACGCUGAAAAAGUUUGAGAACCACUGUCUUAAGACGUUAUGCACUGAUAAACUGUCCGGCAAAUCUCAAAUGUGUUUGCAAAUGCAAUUUGACGUCACUCACAGGCAAACACUAUUGUUUCUUUAAUGUCUUACAUAAAUAGGGUUGCAAACAUCUGGGAAUUUUAGAAACUUUCCAUGGAAAUUACACGGGAAUAUAUAGGAAUUGUGGCACACAGAUGAAGAUGUUUGUAUGUGAUACCCAAAAUUUACAAAUAAUUCCUUUAAAUUCUUAAGUUUACAACUUCCAACAAUAUUUCCAAAAUUCCCCAGCUUUGCAACCAUAGUAAAUAAACACUCCGCAUUAAUGAGAUCAUGAGAUUUGAGAGCCUCUAGUCAUAGUUUUUUUCAUUUCAUUUCUCUUUUGUUUCAUGGAUGAAACUCAGUCAUGCGGGAACUAUGGGGGGUGAGUUGAUAAUCAAUACAUUUUUCUUUUGUGGUUGAACUGUUUCUUUAAAUUAUUUUGGUCAGCAAAGGACUUGUUUGACUCAAUCUAAUGAUGCAUUUUGCUUUAGUCAUUAAUCGAAUUAAACACUGAACUACAAAGUGCUUAUCAGUAAUGUGUUGUGUGAGGGCUCCACAAAAACAUUACAGGAUUUUUUCAUUAACAGACAUUGACAUUGAACACUGGUGAUUGCGAAAAACAAACACAAAACCUUAGUUAUAAAUACUAAUUGUAUGUGUGUCACAUAUUAAAUAGGCUUUAUGAUGCAUACUUGUAGCAGUAGUGUACUAAUGGGGAGGUUAUAGCAGGUAUGUGUUUGCAUCCAUGUUACUGCCAUAUGAGUGUGAUGUGUUCAUUUGAAAAGCAUGGCCUAGCUGUGAAUGCAUGAAUUUUUUUUGUUUGUAAAGACAAAGUAUAGAGGGUAUGCAUUGACGUCACUUUUCCAUAUGACCACGCCAGAGCUCGCCCUGUUGAGUGGCAAAACAUUUAGCAAAAUGGCUAGCUAGCGGUGGCCGCGAAAAUGUCAGUGUAACUGACAAUAAUCAGCAAAAAUUUUAUUUAGUUGCACUUGAUAGUGACCCUAGCAACUUGUCAACCCACCGGUGGUCAGUGGACGUUGGCACGAAUAAUCAAUUUACUUCUCCUUUUGGUGUUUCUUGGCAGUCUAUAAAACAAUAACUUUGAUUUUUUGUCAAAUCUGUUUGUACAGUCUAUCGAACAACAGCUUUUUUGGCUGAUUUCACACUGUACACAAAUUUUGCCGGUCUGUCUUUUGCCACUCAGUGGGCGUUACCGCAGUCACUUUCGCCGAAGGUGACGUCACGUGCAUACCCUGCAUUGAUCAGAGGGGUUUUAUGUGUCAUUGUUUUGAAUGGGUGCUUUAGAAAUAAAUUCUGUUUUAUAUGUAAUAUUUAUAUGUACUAUAUGUUCUUUAUUAAAAUGAGAAAUAUGUAA